AUGCAUGUCGGAGUUUCGAAGCACUCUAAUUUGAGGUGUGAUGUUACUAUGAAACCAGGCCACAAACUCUCCCGCCCUUUACAAGUCACAAGCGGCGAGCGGUUCUCGCUUCUCGCCCCCGGAGCUCGGGAAUUAUUCAGGGGGCGACCCACAUUCGAGCGGCGCUCCGACAAUGCGGCGCGGGUCGAUGUGCGCGCGCCGCAACAGGUGAGGCGCGACUGCGGCCCGGCCGGCGGCGCCGAGCGGGCAUUCCAUUUUCGAAUGCACCAUUUCCCACAUUCCCGCGACGCGUUCCAAAUUCGAAUCGCGAGU